AUAAGCGUGGACAGACUUCUCGCUUUGUUGUUGGGGUUCAAAUAUAAAGAAGCUGUUACUCUAAAGAGAGCAAAUAUAAUAGUAGUCGCUAUAUGGGUCUUAUCCAUUGUUGGGCCAUUCUGCAACGCUUAUCUUGCCAUAACUGUAUCUAUCUGUCUAUUUACGUUAUUUUUUUCUUACACAAAAAUUUUCCUCGCUCUGCGUUGUUAUCAAAUUCAUGUUCAGAGUCACGUUUCUGAAGGGCAACCGAGACAAGCAAUGCCACUGAAUAUGGUUCGAUACAGAAAAGGAGUGUACAGUGCAUUAUGGGUACUUGUUGCAUUGAUUAUUUGUUAUCUACCUCAUUAUAUUGCCGAAGUUUUAACAGGUCAAAUAGGGAUGACUUUAUCACUUUACAUUGCUAGGCAAUUUACAAUCAUUUUAGUUCUCCUAAAUUCAUCAUUAAAUCCAUUGUUGUACUGCUGGAAGAUCAGCGAGAUGAGGCAAGCUGUGAAAGAAACGCUCAGGCAACUUUUCUGUUAA